AUGCACAUUCUCUCUGUCCCAUUCACUCUCACUCUGCCCCUCUCACUCCCUCUCUGCCCCAUUCACUCCCUCUCUGCCCCAUUCAUUCCUUUGAUGCCCCAUUCACUCCCUCUCUGCCCCAUUCACUCCCUCUCUGUCCCAUUCACUCUCACUCUGCCCCUCACACUCCCUCUCUGCCCCAUUCACCCCCUCUCGGUCCCAUUCACUCCCUCUCUGGCCCAUUCGCUCCCUCUCUGCCCCAUUCACUCCCUCUCUGCCCCAUUCACUCUCUCUCUGGCCCAUUCGCUCCCUCUCUGCCCCAUUCACUCCCUCUCUGCCCCAUUCACUUCCUCUCCGCCCCAUUCACUCCCUCUCUGCCCCAGUUUCUUCCUCUCUGACACAUUUCCUCCUUCUCUGCCCCGUUCACUCUCGCUCUGCCCCAUUCACUCCUUCUCGGCCCCAUUCACUUCCUCUCUGGCCCAUACACUCCCUCUCUGCCCCAUUCACUCCCUCUCUGCCCAAUCACUCAUCAUCUGCCUCAAAUCCCCCGCUUAUGAGCUACCGCUGCCCUGCCUGCAAGGUCCACACCUUCUUAACCCAACAGGGCAUGGAGAGUCACAUGCGUAG